AUGAACCAUCAAAAUAAAUUUAGAAUUAUUUUAGAGAAAAAUAGUUCAAAUACUUCAAAUGAAGAUUCUGAAUCUUGCAAAGAAAUUCCUGAUUGUAAGGCACAUCUUUUACCUUGUCAUAUUCAUUGGGACGGACCGGCAAACGUUUCAAAGUAUUUUAAUGUAAGAUCAACGUCAGAUGGAUCAACCUUCUAUGCAACAUUUCGUGGACGUGGAUUGGAAGGUCUCUCAAUUGUCUUACCGUCAAACUAUGAAGGUGUUAUAUAUGAUGUAGAUAAUGAUGAUUCUCAGGUGCCAACACAAAUUUCUAGCAAUAAUAUUGAAGAUGAAAUAACAAAUUUAAAUGAAACGACAGAACCAACGAAAAAAUGGCAUCAAAUAGAUACAUUUUCUAGCUUUAUUUUAUGGGAUCAUCAGGGUUACUGUGAUGAAACAUCUGCAGGCCCUAGAAGAACAUUAAAAGAAUGGAUUGAUUUAUCAAACAUUCUUCAUUCAAGCACAGAAGAUGCAGAUGAUAUCCUGGAGAAUACAUCUUGA